UGGGAGGAGAAGGCGUGGAGCUGCUCCUUCACCAAGCCCGGCCGCAGUUCGGUGCGUAAAGAGCGCAGAGAAAGCGCGCAGACGAGUGGUGCACUGGAUUGGAUUUUACUGAUUCCUCUCUCCGUUAAAUCUGAACUACUCUCUCAAUGAAGCUUGGUUCUUCUCCGUGAGUUCUUCGCCAUGAGCUGCCUGGAUGUGAUGUACCAAGUGUUUGGUCCUCAGCCUUAUUUCAGCUCCUACAGCCCCUACCACCACCAGAAGCUGGCUUUGUAUUCCAAAAUGCAAGACCCUCAAGAGAUCAGCAGCCGGCUCGGCCCAUCGGGGCCCCUGGCUAUCAAAGAGGAGGACAAGGAGCUGCCGCCGGGCGCCGAGUACCUUGGCUCCCGCUGCGUCCUCUUCACCUACUUCCAGGGCGACAUCAGCACGGUGGUGGAUGAGCAUUUCAGCCGAGCCCUUAGCCAGACGACCGCGUACCCGAUGCCGAGUGGGCACAAGGCUGCGAGAGAUGGAUCUUUUCCUAUGAGUCAGAGAAGUUUCCCUCCAUCGUUUUGGAACAGCUCCUACCAGCCGUCGGUCUCCUCCACGCUGGGCAGCGCUCUGUCUGCCCCCCACACAGAGAUCUCCUUCCCCGGUGACCCGUACUCCUCCACCACCCUGCACAGCCACCUCCACCAGCCCAGCCCUGACACCUGGCACCCGUCACACCACCACCAUCACCACCCUUAUUCUCUAGGGGGCGCCAUAAGCACUCAGAGCUCAGCCUAUCCUCGUCCUGGCGUUCACGAGAUGUAUGGCGCAACGUUCGACCCAAGGUACAGCUCCCUGCUGGUGCCGUCUGUGAGGUCGCACCACCGCCUGUCAUCUGGCAGCGCUGUGCCGGUGCCCAGCAGCUCGCCGUGUGACCUUGGGGGAAAGAGGGACUCGGGGACGGGAUCGACCUGGAGCGGUGCCUUUACCGGAGCCGGAGCAGAACUCAACAUAGAAACAGCUCUGCGCUAUAGUGGACUGUGCAGCAGCAGCAGCAGCAAGUGCAGCCCUGCUGAUCUGAACGCCGACAGCGUGGAUGCAAAGCAAGCUUGGAAACAAAAGUGGACUCUCAAAGCCAGGAAGGAAUCCGAUCUGGACGGAUAUGGACAAAGACAAGAGUCUUUGUGCUUCUGUGACAGGCAGGGACUACAUUCCUAAGCUAGAAAAUACGUCUAGGGGACAGACGGACAGAGACACAUGUGGAGUCACAGUCCAACGCGGAACACUCGAAAGACUUGGCAGGACCUUCCUUGCUGGGCCAACUGGGCUCAGACACUGGGAGUGUGUUAUGGCUGGGGGAAAAUCUGUGUUGGUGUUCAGGAAAGAUUCUGGCAGACGAUAAAGGCAGGACUAUUCUGGACACUUUGGUGUUUGGGGAUUCACGUUCCAACUGGACAUAUCUGCUCAGCACCAAUUUAAAAAAAUCAGGAUUUGUUGGACUUUAACUGAUUUCGGAAGCAUUUUAGGCCAUGACUGCAACAGCAAACCUCAUCUGAGUCCUCAUCCUAACCCCAUAAACCCUUUAAAAUGGCAUCAAAAUAUAGCAUGCUAACUGUAAAUCCCGUUUGUAUGAGUGUAAAUGGAUAUUAUCCUUAAAGGUAUUGCACAAAGUAAAUAAAUUUGAAAUGACAGAUUCAGAAAGAUUGCAGCGAUUGAUUGUUUUCUAUCUAUCUAUCUAUCUCUUUGUUUGUAUGGCUGCAAAUUUAUCCCAUUGUCUGUAGUAUUUGUCACAUAAAUCCCUGAUGAUGCGCUGCA